GGUAAGUUUAUCCAAACUAUGCAGUAUAACGGUCAUAUGUUUGGCCUCACAAGAGAAGCUAUUGAGGAAGUAGUGGAAGAUGGACUGGUUUGCUGUGUACACAUGGAGCUGGAGGGUGUUUUAAGUCUAAAGAAGACCUACUUUGAGCCUCGAUACAUCCUGCUCAUACCCACCCAGAUGGAGAAAUUCAUAAGCCACUUGAAAAGCCUCAAACUCCACCCCCCAGCACAGAUUGAUUUUGCAUUAAAACGUGUGGCUCUGUACAUAAACACCAGUGAACAACGUCCAGGAUUCUUCAAUAACAUCAUCCCAUGUGAUGAUUGGGAAGAAGCUUACCAGACCUUGCAGCAAGUGGUGAAGGACUACCUGUUAGCUGAAAAGGAAGAGGAGGAAGGAAAGACCAACAGUGGAUUCUUCUCUGUCAGCAGCAGUACAGGUCAUUUUUUAGCAGAGGAUCCACCAUCACCUUAUGCAUCGGAGACACUCCUUGGAUCAGCCCUCGACCCCUCACCCUCCCUCUUCACGCCCAGCUUCACAAAUAUCCAGGCAGAGCUCAGCCCCCCAAAAACAUUUAUUGAGCUGGCCUCCAUGAGGAGGCGAGAGCAGCUGGCUAGGGAAGCAGUUGCUGGAAAGAGACCAGGGUUGUACAGCCAGCUCUUCAAAGGGUACGACUCUGAUGCGUUUAGUGCCAGCUCCGUUCCAGCAGGUCCCAGGUCAGCCGUUGGCAUGGUUAAACCGCUACAUAAUUCCAUACUGGUACAAACAACAGAACUGCUCAAGGAUAUAAAUGUGGGAUCCAAGUCCAUCCUGCCUCCAAUCCAAACUGAACAGAAGACCCUUGAAGUCCCCAAGUCACCUCCGUCACCCAGAGUUUUCCCUGAAGAACCAGUUGAGAAGAACAAAGGAGCAAAUGUGGAGGGGUCAUUUUUAUAGAAGCUUUAGUUGCUACAAAAGAAGAAGAAGAAGAUAUUGAACAGAUAGUCUUUUUUCUACAAGUAAAGAUGCUUUUCUUUAUGGAGAUACACCUUAACUAAAAAGCUUACAAUUUGUGCUUAGAUUUCAGAGUCGGGGCCAUUUCUCCACUAGUUUAUGUGUUUAGAUUCCUAGUUAACGGUAAUGCAGGUAUUAUUGUCUUAAGUAUUUUUUCUACAGAACUUUCAU